AUGGAUGCCUCACAUGUGCUGAUUCAAUUGAAGAAUGAGAUAGAUUACUUGCAUGUGUGGACAAGAGAGGGUCGAUCCUUGGCUGGGGCGACAUUUCGUCUCUUCAAAUGGUCGGCGGAGUUUGAUCUCAAUAGAGAAUCUUCUAUUACUGCACAGUGGAUCUUUUUGCCAAGUUUGCCGAUGCAUAUGCAUAGACCAGAUUGCUUAAGAUUAUUGCCGACUCAAUUUGGAAGAUACUUGGGGACUGAUCGUGCAACAUUGAAUCGAUCUCGGGCCACAAGGGCUAGAAUGUUUAUUGAAGUAGAUUUGCUUGCAGAACCAGUCAGGAGUUUUCUUAUUGUUAAUUCACCGAAGACAUUUUGGCAAGAGGUUCGGUAUGAGAAGCCAGGUUUCUAUUGUAUCAAAUGUGGUCGACAAGGUCAUCCUGAAUCUGUGUCUCGGGUUGGACAGAGCCGUGUGCUCCUUCAAAAAGUGAUGGAGAGACAGGAAUGGCGCAAGAAAGAGGGGCAGGAUAUGGCGAAAAAUAAAGAUAAGGUGGAUGAAAUAAUUGGGCAACUGGAGAUUACUCGAAUUGAGAAGGGAGAAUCAUCGGUGGGGACCGGUAAAUUUGUCAAGGAGAGUGAGAGUUUGUGUGAUGCUAUAGUGAGGUUUAAGGAGGCUGACCCCUUGGUGAAUACGAGAGAUAGUGGUUUGAUUGGGGUAGAGAAAGCUCAAAUUGGAGAGAGGGAGGUUGUACUAUUGGAGGCUAAAAUAAGUGAGGAUUUGACUAUGAAAGACGAUUCAACACAUGUUGAUAUAGGUGUAGGAAAGGAAGCUCCAUCCAGCAUUGACAUUGUGAAGGACUUUUCCAAAGUGGUUGAUGAAGAUUUGGAGGUUGUAAAUGACGAGAUAGCAGUAGGGAAUGAGGGGUAUCCUAUUGAUGGUGAUGAUGUGACUGUGCAAGAUGGUAGAGAAGAACAACAGCAGCAUCCUAUCCAUCACGAGUUUGAUUGUGAAAAGGAAACAAGGGGAUGCAAAGGGAAGAAAGACCCCGACUAUUGGUCUGAUUCAGAGGUCCAUAAACAAUAUAUUGAAGGACAGAAGACUAUUCCCCAGGUUACUAGAGCAUCACAGAGGGCGCAAGCACGCCCUACAAAACUUGACUUAUGA